UCCAAAACAAAAGUAAUUGACUGAGCAUAUAAAAGCCCGAAUCCUUCAGUGGGUCUCUCCACGCAUCGCAGCGACAGAGUGAUGAUGUACAAUCUGCUCCUUGUUGUGUUACUUGCAGCCAGUGCUUAUGGCUGCGGACAGACCAGCUACCCUCCAUAUUCCUCAAAGGUGGUGAAUGGGAUUGACGCGAGGCCCUACAGCUGGCCCUGGCAGCAAGGAAAUCUUCUGCCUUCCAGGAAUGAUAUUGCUCUGAUCAAGCUCGCAGAGCCUGCUUACCUGAAUGAUAAAGUUCAGCUUGCCUGCAUUCCACCUGCUGGAUACCUUCUUCCCAAUAACUUUUAUUGUUACAUUACUGGAUGGGGACGCCUGUACACUAAUGGCCCACUUCCAGAAAAGCUACAGCAAGCUUAUAUACCAGUCAUUGAUUAUGAACACUGCAGCCAAAGUGACUGGUGGGGCAGCACUGUGAAAACGACGAUGGUUUGUGCCGGAGGUGGUGAAAAGGCUGGAUGUAAUGGAGACUCUGGUGGACCUUUGAACUGCAAGGACUCUAAUGGGUUGUGGUAUGUCCAUGGUGUGACCAGCUUUGUGUCAGCUUGGGGAUGCAACACCAUAAAGAAACCCACAGUCUGGACCCGGGUGUCUGCCUUCAAUGACUGGAUUGCCACGACUAUGGCCAACAAUUAAUGGAGGAAAACAUUGACUUUCAUCAAAUUGGUGUCCCUUGAUGAGUAAUAAACUACAUCAUGAAGUAA